GGAAGGUGAGAGAGCCACUCUUAUCAACAGCGGCAUCGCCAAAUCGAAGCCAAAACAAAAAUCGUCAUUAAUCCUGCAAAGAAAGUCGAGCGCAUUGCUCAUAGCACGGAAUGCUGCCGCUGCUCCUGAUUUUGGCGACUUUUGUCAGGAUCCAUGCCCACUAUACGAGCGGAGAUGUUGUCUAUCAUCCGAUGCCACACUUUUGGACGGGCGUGGGCUUCUGUCCCGCCGGCCAGAUCGAUCACGUUGGAAUUACCUUCGCCCUGGCAGACCCUGCUCUCCGAUAUAACCUUCGACAGAUUGCCGCGUUGCCCGUGGGUGCUGUGACCCACAUUCGCAUACACUGGCUGCUUGAGCUGAUUCAAUUCUGGCAAUACGACCCCAGUGGAAUUCCGAUUUAUGAUUUCUCCAAGUUCGAUGACUUCAUUGAUUUCCUGCACGAGGAACUGCGCUUGUCUCCUGUGGUGGAGUGGAUGGGCAAUCUGGGUGGGGUCUUUAUCGAAAACCCUAUGCAGCAAUCCUUUUACUGGGAACAUUUGGUUAAGUCGACGAUUAACCACCAGAUAGCCCGUCAUGGUUCCUCAAGAUUAGUUAACUGGCGCUACGAGACCUGGAAUGAACCAGACCUUCAUGGGUAUAAUAAAUUGAACUUCACGGCUGAAUCUUACCUGGAUUACGUUCAAGCCGUACGUCGAGGUCUAAGUAAAGCUGGAAACCUGGACAACCCAGACGGAAAGCUGCAGCUGCCCAUGUAUCGGUCCUUGCGAGGUCCUGCGGGGCUCUUUAAGGACUUAAGCAAUCAUCCGCUUUGUUGGAAUCUGUUGAAGCUAUGCAGCCAAAGAGUUGUGUACUGUCCUAUCGAUGUACUCACCUUUCAUAGAAAGGGCAUCGAGGGCACUGCCACGGAAAUCGUUAAUGGUUCUCUAUCUUUAAUGGCAAAAAUCUACGAGGAGUAUCCAAGUCUUAAACAACUGCCGGUGGCCAAUGAUGAGGCUGAUCCUGUUGCUGGUUGGAGUACUCCGAGAGAGUUCCAAGCAGAUGUUCGGUAUGCAGUUACCCUAAUGUCCAUGGUGAUGCAGUUCUGGCAUGCCAAACUAGCCGCCAGUCCACUGAGCAAGUUAGAGUCGAUUAGUCACGACAACGCCUUUCUCAGUUACCAUCCCCACGAGUUCACGCAGCGCACACUCUUAGCCCAUUUUCGGAUGAACGAGACCCAAUCACCGCAUUCACAGCUCAUUCAGAAACCCGUCUACGCUGCCCUGGGAAUGCUAGCCAAAUUGGGCAACCGGGCUGCAGAUGUGGAACUGGUCAACAUGGAUACCAAGCAUAGCGUCGAAGUUCUUCGUACAGUCUCGAAUGGAGUGGGCGGCCCUGGUCAGUACAUGGCCACCAUAUUCCUGAGUCCCGAGGAGGCGGGCCCAAAGAUGACUGCCUUCCAUCACAAAUACACACUAAACAUGUCAAUAGCAAAUGAGUCGGCCUUUAUCACGGAGCUCUUAGUGCCGCAAACAACGGAUCCUUAUUACGUGUGGCAGCAGGAAGGAAGUCCAGCAUAUCCCAACGCCACUUUAAGGGAAGCCAUGCGAAAGGCGCAGACACCUAGACUUUACAAGACCGGUCCCAUCUGGCAAUACAACAGCGAGCUAGUUAUCAACUCCGCCAGCAUCCCACUGCCCUGGGCAAUGCUGCUUCGAGUGUGUUCCGCAUCGUGGCCAAAGCUGCGUCGGCCGCAGCAACUUUCCAUCGCGGAGGUAACUCAUCGUGAGGUGUUCAUCAGCUGGAUGGAACAUCCCAAAUCCACACAGUGCCUUCUCAGCUACGAGGUGUGGUUCAAGGAACGUGACAAUAAUGGCCUCUUCGCCGAUUGGUUGCUCAUCUCCCGCGGAUGGCACCUUCCGUAUCCGUCGUUCCAGUACGCCCCAGGAGACAAGGGAUCCGUCAAUGGUUUCUAUAAAGUUCGCGGAGUGGAUGUGUUCAAUGAAACCAGCCCCUACUCACAAAUAGUCGAAUAUCUGGAGUUGUAGUUCAACAAACAGUUUAUGAAUCAAAAGAACAUAUUUAAACAAAGUGAAAGCAAACAUAAUCAGGUUUCGGCUAGGCGCUUGUGGACCUAUCUACUCUCUAUCUGUCUCUCUAGGAAUGGACUGAUUUCACCGGCACAAUCUUCUGGACUUGCGCCUUCGCCUUAACGCCGGCAAUAUCAUAUAUACAUACAUUAUAUAUAUAUAUAUAUAAAGAUAUUUAUAGUACAUUAUCUGUGUUGUGUUCGUAAUAUAUAAAUGCCUUUAUCCUUUAGUGGAAACGGCUAAAGCGU